AGGGAGUGCUCUCAUGGCUCCAAAAAUUUAGGCAGCUUCUACCUGGGUGUCACUCGGGGUAGGGAGUUUUCUAUUUGUUUUGCUCUGUUUCUGAGGGUCCCGUGCAAUUCUCUUGCCCGGAUCAACGUGACUCUUGGUUUUUGCACACCCUGCUCUGUGGGGGAGUGCCCCACCGUGCCUGUCUUAUGUGGCCUCUAUGGACACACUGCUCAGCUGGCAGCGAGCAGGGAAGUUUUCUCCCAGCACCCAAAAAGAGAAAGAGGAAACUACUUUUCCUUUCUGGGCUCCUUGAAGCACAAUAGAGCAGAAUAAACUUCCACUUUCCCUCCCUGGAUUUUUCUGGAGUGGUUUCCAGGAAGAAGUUAAACCUUCACCUUUAAAUGGAUGACCAUGUCACAAUCAGGAAGAAACAUCUCCAAAGACCCAUCUUUAGACUAAGAUGCCUAGUGAAACAGCUGGAAAAAGGUGAUGUUAACGUCGUAGACUUAAAGAAGAAUAUUGAGUAUGCAGCAUCCGUGUUGGAAGCAGUUUAUAUCGAUGAAACAAGGAGACUGCUGGAUACCGAUGAUGAGCUCUCUGACAUUGAGUCUGAUUCAGUCCCAUUGGAAGUCCGGGACUGGUUGGCUUCUACCUUUACACGGAAAAUGGGGAUGACGAAAAGGAAACCCGAGGAAAAACCAAAAUUUCGGAGCAUUGUGCAUGCUGUUCAAGCUGGAAUUUUUGUGGAAAGGAUGUACAGAAAGACCUCUUCAGUGAUUGGUUUGUCGUAUCCAGCAGCUGUUAUAGUAACAUUAAAGGAUGUUGAUAAAUGGUCUUUUGAUGUAUUUGCCCUAAAUGACGCAAGUGGAGAACACAGUUUGAAGUUUAUGAUGUAUGAACUGUUUACCAGAUAUGAUCUUAUCAACCGUUUCAAGAUUCCUGUUCCUAGCCUAAUAUCCUAUGCAGAAGCUUUAGAAGUUGGUUACAGCAAGUACAAAAAUCCAUAUCACAAUUUAAUUCACGCAGCUGAUGUCACUCAAACUGUGCAUUACAUAAUGCUUCAUACAGGUAUCAUGCACUGGCUCACUGAACUGGAAAUUUUAGCAAUGGUCUUUGCCGCUGCCAUUCAUGAUUAUGAGCAUACAGGGACCACAAACAACUUUCAUAUUCAGACAAGGUCAGAUGUUGCCAUUUUGUAUAAUGACCGCUCCGUUCUUGAGAAUCACCACGUGAGUGCAGCCUAUCGACUUAUGCAAGAAGAAGAAAUUAAUAUUUUGGCAAAUUUAUCGAAAGAUGACUGGAGGGAUCUUCGGAGCCUGGUGAUUGAAAUGGUUUUAUCUACGGACAUGUCAGGUCACUUCCAGCAGAUUAAAACUAUAAGAAACAGUUUGCAGCAGCCUGAAGGGAUUGACAGAGCCAAGACCAUGUCCCUGAUUCUCCAUGCAGCAGACAUCAGCCAUCCAGCCAAGUGCUGGCAACUGCACCACCGGUGGACCAUGGCUCUAAUGGAGGAGUUCUUCCGACAGGGAGAUAAAGAAGCGGAACUAGGGCUUCCAUUUUCCCCUCUCUGUGAUCGGAAGUCAACGAUGGUGGCCCAGUCACAAAUAGGUUUCAUUGACUUCAUAGUAGAGCCAACAUUUUCUCUUCUGACAGACUCAACAGAGAAAAUUGUUAUUCCUCUUAUAGAGGAAGCCUCAAAAGCCGAAAAUUCUUCCUUUAGAACAAUCAGUGCAAGCUCCGUUGGGGGGUUAAAAGUGACAGAUGCUUUGAAACAAUCAAAUGUGAAAAGCAGCAUAAGUGACGGGUCCUAUUUCCCAGACUACUCCCUUGCAGCAGUGGACCUGAAGAGCUUCAAAAACAACCUGGUGGACAUCAUUCAGCAGAACAAAGAGAGAUGGAAAGAGUUAGCUGCACAAGGUGAACCUGAUCUUCAUAGGAACUCAGAAGACUUAGUAAAUGCCGAAGAAAAACAUACUGAUACACAUUCGUAG